AUGGCGUCGUCAGUUGAAAAGGAUGUCCUGUCUAUCCCCGAACUGCCUCCAGAGGAGAAAGAGUUGAAUUUGAAUGCCGGUCCUGUCGAAAAGACAGUCCCAGCGGAAAGUAUCAAUGAACGAUCUCUCAUCAGAAAACUCGACCUCACCAUUCUCCCGGCUUUGACGUUGUUGUAUCUCCUCUCUUUCCUGGACAGGAGCAAUGUCGGCAAUGCUCGGAUUGAAGGCCUGGCCAAAGACCUGCACAUGACUGGCGACGAGUACCUCACCGGGUUGACGCUCUACUUCAUCGGCUACGUGUUAUUCGAAAUCCCCUGUAACAUCGUCUUGAAGCUCUGGACGCCGCGGGCCUGGUUGCCUACAUUGACUCUGUUAUGGGGCGUCGUUGCCACCCUGAUGGGCGUCACACAGUCCCGCGACGGCUUCUAUGUGGUCCGUUUCUUCCUCGGCGUCACCGAGUCAGGACUGUUCCCCGGCAUUGUGUUUUAUCUGUCAAUGUGGUACCAGCGCAACGAGCGCCACUUUCGCGUGGCGUUAUUCUUCAGUGCCGCGUCGUUGGCGGGAGCGUUUGGCGGUAUUCUGGCUUGGGGGAUUGGCCAUAUGCGCGGAGUCGGAGGGUAUAAUGGAUGGAGAUGGAUAUUCAUUCUUGAAGGCUUGCUGACUGUCGUCGUGGCUGCGGGCUCUUAUUUUUUCGUCCAUAAUUACCCCAGUACAGCGAAAUUCCUCACCGACGCUGAGCGCGAUUUCAUCCAGCAACGCCUCAAGGACGACAGUGACGCCACCCAAGACGAGGGUUUCGCGUGGAGGAACGUUCGCAAAGCCCUCACCGAUAUCAAGUGCUACCUGUAUGCACUGGGCUUCCACACCCUCUCGCUGCCACUGUACACGCUGUCACUGUUCUUGCCGUCGAUCAUCACCUCGCUGGGCUAUACUUCGGCGCAGGCCCAGCUGAUGACAAUCCCGCCGUACGCCAUUGCAUUCAUCCUCACGCUCACGCUGGCGUUACUCUCUGAGAAAUACCGUCGGCGUGCCCCGUUCGUCCUCGGUUCAUCGUCUCUGGCUAUUAUCGGAUAUAUCUUGCUGUUGUCCGACCAUCGUCCAGGGGUCUCGUAUCUGGGCACUAUCUUUGCCGCCGCAGGAAUCUAUCCUGCCGUAGCCCUGACCCUGGCUUGGCCGGCUAACAACGUGAGCGGCCAGACGAAGCGUGCGAUCGCUAACGCCCUUCAGAUCUCAAUCGGGAAUCUCGGUGCGGUUCUGGGAACCCAGCUUUAUCGGACGGAGACGGCACCGCGGUAUUACCUGGGCCACUCGUUCGCGUUGGGAUAUAUGGUUGCGAACCUGCUGGUCACGACUACGCUGUGGUGGGUUCUGAAGAGAGACAACGACCGAAAGGAGAACACGUCGCAUGAUAUCGCUCCCGAUGAGCCGUGGAUGGGUGACGAGGAUCCGAGAUGGCGAUUCCAUUUGUAG